CCAUGAGCUGCUUCGAGGAGGAGGGCGGCUGGAGCCUGUCCUUCAGCGGCGCCGCCUUCCUGGGCCUCUACCACGUGGGCGCCACGCAAUGCCUGCGGGAGCGCGCCCCGCGCCUCCUCCGGGGCGCCCGCCGCAUCUACGGCUCCUCCGUGGGCGCGCUCAACGCCGUCUGCGUCGUCAUGGGCCAGUCCGUCGAGUUUUGCUGCGUCCAGCUGCUGGGCCUGGCCAAGCAGGUGGAGCAGCUGAGCCUGGGCGUGUUCCACCCCGCCUUCUCGCCCAUCGAGCACAUCCGGCGGCAGCUGCAGUCCUUCCUGCCCCCGGACAUCCACGUCCUGGCCUCCCGGCAGCUGGGCAUCUCCCUGACCCGCUGGCCCGACGGCCACAACGUCAUCAUCACGGACUUCAACUCCCGGGAUGAGGUCAUCCAGGCCUUGAUCUGCUCCCUGUACAUCCCUUUCUACUGUGGGGUGAUCCCCCCCGAAUUCAGAGGGGAGCGCUACAUUGACGGGGCUCUGAGCAACAACCUGCCGUUCGCGGACUGCCCCCGCACCGUCACCGUGUCGCCCUUCACCGGGACGGUGGACAUCUGCCCCCCCAGCGCCUCUGCCAAUAUACAGGAGCUGAACGCCUUCAACGCCAGCCUCCAGAUCUCCACCCGGAACCUCCUCCUGGGCUUCCUCUGCCUCGCCUCGCCCAGCUCCGAGGUGUUGACCCACUACUGCAGACAAGGCUAUCUGGACGCCCUGAGGUUCCUGGAGAGACGCGGUCUCACCCAGGAGCCGGUGCUGUGGACGCUGGUGUCAAAGGAGCCCCCGGCCCCAGCCCCCGGGACCCAGGACACUGGCCAAAGCCGAGGCCAGAGGGCGGGCCUGUCGCUCAACUGGGCAGUGCCCCACGUGCUGGUCAAGGACGUGCCCAACUUCGACCAGCUGUCGCCGGAGCUGGAGGCCGCCCUGAGGAAGGCGAACAGGAGCGACCCCAGGCCCUGGGCCCGCUUCCGCCAGUCCGGACCCGGGAAGGCGCUGGCCUACCUGCUGCUGCCCUGCACACUGCCCUUCGAGUUCGUCUACUUCCAGGGCAGGAGGCUGGCCCUGUGGCUGCCAGACAUGCCCGCUGACCUGUGGUGGAUGCAGGGCGAGCUGAGGCGCGCGGCCCUCUGGGCGUGCUCCAGGAUGAGGGACCAGCUCCUCGAACGGCUCAGCUCACCUGUCGCCAGCCCCCUCCCACCAGAGGCAGCUCCUGCCAAGGACUCGGCCCAGAAGCCCAUGCCCCCUGCCCCUCGGGACUGAGGGGCAUCAGGCGGGGCCUGCCCGUGACUGGCCUCUCUCGGUCUGUCAUGGCCCUUGUCCUGGGGACCCACAUCCCGUCCUGAGUGAGGCCAGGUUCUGACUUAACCUCCGGAGCUCAGAGCCUUGCCCCUGGCCCGGAGGACCGCGUGGUACUGUCUAUGUACCCUCUUCCUCUCAGGCUCCUGUCCCGGGUGGUGUGUGUGGGGGGGUGGCCCUCAGGAGCCAGAGGGAACCUGCCAGCCCCCUGGAGCCCCUCCUCCCCGGAGCCGGCUCCCUGGGGCUCCUCUUCCUGGGGAGGGGCCCAGCCUGUCACUGUGUCCUAGCCACCGUGUGCCUGGGCCGCCUGCCCGUCUCAUCGGAGGAGAAAGGAAGCAGGAUGACGCACACCUGGGCUCUGGCCUGCCCCUCCAGGGCCAGUGGUGGGGCUGCUGCGGAGAAGGGUGGGUCGGGCGCCCGGCAGGGCCCCUGGCAGUGAGCUGAGCGCUUUACGAGGCGCGGAAGAUGCCACCCCUGAGGUGGGGAGCAGAUGGAGAGAUGGGGCUGUGCUGCCCUCAGAUCCUUUCUCUGAGUUCUCUGUCCUGCCAGCCCCCGGGCGUGACCCCCAUGGCCGGCUCACUCCUCAGCUCACUUCCUCCUGGGCCCACCCAGCGAGAGCCCAGAGAGGGGAGGGGAGAGGAGAGAGGUUAAAGGGAUUAAAACCUUUUCGGAA